AUGGAGGUUGGGCAACCUCAGCCAAUAGGUGGAGGAGGACAUCAGCUCUGCAGAGAUCCUGGAAAGGAGAGUGCAAGCGACCUUUGGGCUGACCUCCUCGAUCAUCGAAGUCAGGUAGCAUCGUCUGACAUGAACAAGUCCAUGUACAGUCUCACGCGCAAAAGUGUUGAUGAUAGCGCUACGGUGCGUGUGAUUACGGUAUUCACGCUGAUCUAUCUUCCAGCUUCAUUCAUAGCAACGGUGCUUGAGACGAAUCUCUUCAAAUUCCAGGAUGAUAGUGAAGCACUUCGGAUCCCUCCCCAACUCUGGAUUUACGUUGCGGUGGCGUUGCCGUUGACAUUUCUGACUGUGGGGCUGGUGGGUUUUCAAGACGAGGCAUGA